GGCCGCAACUCGAACUGAGAAACCCGCCCCCCGGCCCCCAAAACGGAGCAGAGUCCUCGCGAGUCAUGAACAUGGGAUGAGGCUACCGGCGUGGCUCACCGCCGUGCCGCCGGACCCCCGCGUGUACGGUGACCUCAUCCAGCGCUGCGCGGACGCCGGCCACCUCGCCACCGGCAGGCAGCUCCACGCCCGCCUCGCCACCCUCUCCGUGAUCCCCUCCAACUUCCUUGCCUCCAAGCUCAUCUCACUCUACUCCAGAACCGGACGCCUGCACGACGCCCGCAGGGUGUUCGACGCCAUCCCGCAGCCCAACCUCUUCGCCUGGAACGCCAUCCUCAUCGCGCUCUCCCUCCACUCGCCCCAACCCUCCGCGGCUCUUCGCCUCUUCGCGGCCUCCGGCGUGUCCCCCGACGAGAUCACCGUCUCCGCGCUCCUCAAGUCCCUCGCCGCGUCCGGGCCGGGCCUGUCCCCUCUCGUCACCGGGGAGCUCCACGCCCUCGCGUUCCUGCGCGGGUUUGGCGCGGACCUCUUCGUGUCCAAUGGGCUCAUCACCGCCUACGCGAACGCUGGGGACAUGCGCUCCGCUCGCGCGGUGUUCGACCAAAUGCCACGCAAGGACGUCGUGUCCUGGAACUCUCUUAUAUCAGCGUACACCCGUGGAGGAUGGUACACAGAGUGCUUGGAGUUAUUCCAUGAGUUGGUGCAGGCUUGCGCUGGCGGUGGCGUUCGGCCAAACAGCGUCACGGUAACAAGUGUGCUGCAUGCUUGUGCCCAGCUCAAGGCUGUUGAUUUCGGGGUCUAUGUCCUCCGGAUUGCUAAGGAGAGUGGGCUUGAUAUGGACACCGCAGCAUGGAACUCAGUCGUAGGGUUUUACGCCAAAUGUGGGCGGUUGCACUAUGCACGACAGUUGCUUGAAAGGAUGCCUAAGAAAGAUGCGGUCAGUUACAGCGCCAUGAUUACUGGUUACAUGAACAAUGGGCAUGUCGAUGAGGCAAUGGAUCUUUUCCGUCAAGCAGAUGCUAAAGGCAUCAGCACAUGGAAUGCGUUGAUUUCUGGAUUGAUACAAAAUGGACGCCAGUCUGACGUUCUUGAAUUGCUUCAUGAGAUGAUGGGUGCUGGGAUACUGCCCAAUACAGCUACUCUUUCAAUCAUCAUGCCCUCAGCACCGUUGUUCUCAACCCUACUGGGAGCAAAGCAAGCUCAUGGUUAUGUGAUAAGAAAUGAUUAUGAUCAGAGCAACAAUGUUGUCAGUGCAUUGAUCGAUGCUUACUCAAAGGCUGGAUUUCUUUAUAUGGCCAGGAAGGUGUUUGAAUUGCAUGAGAAUAGAAGCACGAUUGCCUGGACAUCGAUCAUUUCGGCUGUCGCAGCUCAUGGAGAUGUUACGGAGGCACUGGACCUGUUUAAUCAGAUGGUCAGUACUGGCACUAGGCCUGAUACUGUAACUUUCACUGUUGUGCUUACUGCAUGUGCUCAUGCGGGCAAGGUAACCGAAGCUCGUGAAUUUUUUCACUCCAUGCAAGCUAUGUUUGGUAUCAGUCCUGUGAUGGAGCAGUAUGCUUGCAUGGUUUCUGUACUCAGCCAUGCUGGUAUGCUUAAGGAUGCGCUUGACCUUGUAAACAAGAUGCCUUUUGAGCCAAAUGCAAAGGUCUGGGGUACACUGCUUAAUGGAGCAGCCGCAGUUGGUGAUGUUGAGCUUGGUCGGUUUGUGUUUGAUCGACUGUUCAUAAUAGAGCCUAAGAACACAGGUAACUACAUUGUGAUGGCUAAUCUGUACUCAAAUGCUGGCAAAUGGGAAGAAGCUGAAACCAUAAGGAGCAUGCUGUGGGGAGUUGGAUUGGAGAAAGUUCCUGGGUGUAGUUGGAAUUGAGGGGUUCCAUAGUCUGCUAGAACUGGUUGCUGCAGAUACAUUGUUAGCAAAGCGGGCAACAGAAACUUAAUUUGGUUGUUGGUUGAUUAAUCAGAUUCAAUUAUAGACAAGAGCCUGGCAUCAACCUAACUGUUGAAUGGAGACAAUUUAUAGUGAUGACAUUCAAUAGAUCCAACUGUUGAGAUGUAAUUUUCAAGCCUGAUAGGUACCAGCCUUUUGGAUUUACAUGGACCAUCUUAUUCCGAACCUGAUGGUCAAUCAUAUUGAUUUGAUUGAGCAACAAAUUCUUGGACGACAGCCAAUGAGAGCAUUGCUUCCAUGAUAUUCUUAUCUAAACCUUUUGUACUAUGAGCUGACGAUACUUUUCUUAUCUUUAUUUGCUAUUUCAAUGACACCAAUUUACCAAAGCAACAGAGAAUUUCAUGAUCAUAGUUUCUUAGAACCAAGAGCAGUCUAGUUUUAAGCUUCAGGAUGCCAA